AUGUCAGUGGUACAAAUUGGAUGGGCGGACGCGGGCACAAAAAAAGCCAAACGUGCCAGUGGCUUAAAGAUAUCUGAACACGGGGCCAACACGGAACACCACUUUGCCAAGUUACGCGUAACAGCACGUAAUCUUGUAGUACAGGACCAGCCAAAUAGAGGACCAAUCCCAAAGUCUACUUCGUUUGUCUCGUUCAAGCACGCCCAAUCAGAUUAUCUUCAGUCGGAGCUAAUACAUGCGGCCUUGGGAACGGAAGGUGACUUCAUUCAUUCCAGCACUCGGUUCUCCCCCGCGUUCUGGAAAGACCAAACAAGCCAACAAAGCAAAACCGACUCCCCGAUCGAAUCCCUUGAUACGAAGCGUGCCCAGAUAAUUGCAAUGGACGCCAAAAAUCUAGCCGGUCUAGAUAUUGCUUCAAGAAAACGCAGGAGUCACGCAUUUAUUUCUUCCUCCAGUCCGGGACUCCCAACGGAGGCGGAUACAUGCGUAGAAUGUAUUGAGGAUAUGCUAUCUUUCGGAAGCCCGAACGACGAACAGGGAAUGCAGGCAACUACCGAUCAGUCAACUGAAGAGGCACAGAACGAACGAAUGGCUGAUAUACCACCUACUCUAUAUGAAGACGCGCUGCGUGUAGCUACGCAAACCUUGAUCACAAGGCAUUCUACCGGUUCAUCAAUCCAACGGAUACCAGAAUAUCACCCCAUGCAACCAAGCGAGGAUGACAGCCAAGCGAGGAUCUUCAAUCUUUUCGCUCCAGCCCAGGUCAACGUACUCGACGGAAACACCACGGACCCAGAGCCAAAAAUGGCACCUUCGUUCCAAGACCAACGGAACCCCAGAACCAGACUUUCAGAUGCACCAGGCAAGGGACAUGGUCUGGAUAUUGGAAACCAAAUCAUUCCUAGCUUGAUGAGAGAUAGGCAGGGACGCAACCACUCCUUAAAGAGAGACGGUUCUUCAGACUCCCCAUCCAAGGUCCAUGGGAAACCUAGCUUGAAAACUCCUGAAGGAACAAACUCGCUCAACUCUCCACAAACAAGGCCUGCCGGGAAAUUUCACAGUAAUUCUGGUAGUGGAACGAUGUCAUCUAGUCCUCUCGACAAAUACGCCCUUCGAUCACACCCCAUCCAUCGACGACACACUUCAGGUCUGAUACCUCUGUCGCCAGGCUAUUCAAACAGUCAUGGGAAGUUGGCCAACAGAGACCUAGCCGCGGCUACGAAACGGACACCCAAUCUGGAUAACUGUUAUGUUUCCUUUAAUUUCGCAAGCGCAGAAUCAACUCCGAGUCCAUCCCAGGAGCCCGAUAGCCCAUUGACAACCGAAGAGGGAAGCCGUCGGAAAAUUGGAUUACGGCUAUUCGACGACUAUCCAUAG